ACCAUCUGCAAACCGACAACUCCGCAGAGGCCGGCGGCAAGAGUUACCCCACCUGCCUCGGCCUCUCAGGAGGUGUCUAGCAGGAGGCACCGUACCCCAGGCGGCCACGCGACGGUGAAGCAGACACCCGGGGGCUGCCAGCGGAGCGGCCCAGGUGCGUCGCCUUAGGGACAGAGCUGGCAAGUGCCAAGCUGGGACAACCAGAGCCGAGCCGGGAACGGCGUUUGCCCGAGCCGAGGCGGAAGCCGGAGCAUUUGGGGGACGGGACUGCGGGAACCCGGAAACGCCUGGGCUGCACCAAGCUGGCGGCGGCGACGGCGGCGGGAACGGGUGGCGCUGCGGGUCAGCGGUCGCGGCGGACCGGGCGGGCUCGGCAGCGUGGGGCGCCCGGCGGAGCGGAGCCGCGGACCCCAGUGCGCGCAGCCGGCCGAGCUGCGCGGGAGGCCAAUGAAGAUAAAACAAUGUCUGCCAACCUAAAAUACCUUUCCUUGGGAAUUUUGGUCUUUCAGACUACCAGUUUGGUUCUAACGAUGCGUUAUUCUAGGACUUUAAAAGAGGAGGGACCUCGUUAUCUAUCUUCUACAGCAGUGGUUGUUGCUGAACUUUUGAAGAUAACGGCCUGUAUUUUGUUAGUCUACAAAGAUAGCAAAUGUAGUCUAAGAGCACUGAAUCGGAUACUGCAUGAUGAGAUUCUUAACAAACCUAUGGAAACACUUAAACUUGCUAUUCCAUCAGGGAUAUAUACUCUUCAGAACAAUUUACUCUAUGUGGCACUGUCAAAUCUAGAUGCAGCUACUUAUCAGGUCACGUAUCAGUUGAAAAUUCUUACAACAGCAUUAUUUUCUGUGUCUAUGCUUGGUAAAAAAUUAGGUGUGUACCAGUGGCUCUCCCUAGUAAUUUUGAUGACUGGAGUUGCUUUUGUACAGUGGCCCUCAGAUUCUCAAGAGCUUGAUUCUAAGGAACUUUCAGCUGGCUCUCAAUUUGUAGGACUCAUGGCAGUUCUCACAGCAUGUUUUUCAAGUGGCUUUGCUGGAGUUUACUUUGAGAAAAUCUUAAAAGAAACAAAACAAUCAGUGUGGAUAAGAAACAUUCAGCUUGGUUUCUUUGGGAGUAUAUUUGGAUUAAUGGGUGUAUACGUUUAUGAUGGAGAACUGGUAUCAAAGAAUGGAUUUUUUCAGGGAUAUAACCAACUGACCUGGAUAGUAGUUGUUCUCCAGGCACUUGGAGGCCUUGUAAUAGCUGCUGUUAUUAAGUAUGCGGAUAAUAUUUUAAAAGGAUUUGCAACCUCUUUAUCCAUAAUAUUAUCAACACUGAUAUCCUAUUUUUGGCUACAAGAUUUUGUGCCAACCAGUGUCUUUUUCCUUGGAGCCAUCCUUGUAAUAACAGCCACUUUCUUAUAUGGUUACGAUCCCAAACCUGCAGGAAAUCCCACUAAAGCAUAGUUGUAUACUAUCUUUUACUGGUUUUUCACGAUGGUGACUAGGAAUCUCGACAUUAAUCUUGCACAGAGGACUUCUACAGAUUCUGUGAAGAUAUCAUCGUGCUGAAUCUGAUCAUAUUAUUCAAAUGGUUUAAAACUUAAAAGUUUAAGGCUAAAAUAUGUAUAUAUGUAACAGAACACAUGGCAUCUAGAAAUUAAAACUUGAAAGUAUUUCCAGGGAUUAGACUUAGAAGGAAUAUUACAGUAAAUUUGAAAUCUGAGUUUAAAAAGAUUUUACCUUUUUGAUUGCUGCAGAAAUGUCCUAUGCACUCUUUGCAAGAGCACACAAAUGUCAGAUAUCAAUUUUUGCAAAUAGAUCUAUUUAAUCUUAUCAAAUGUUUUAUCUUACUUUUUCUGUAUAGAUAUAUCAAAUCACAUGGAAUAUUCAAAGUUUUAAAUGGUAAUUACCUAUAAAUCUGUGAAAAAAUAGAAGUAUGAUUUGAAAAAACAUUUUCACAUAUCUGAGAUUUUUAUAUUUAUACAAAAGUUUACUGAACAAAGGAUUGCUAAA